AUGUCGAGAAAGCUUUCGAUACCAUCUGGUGAGAAGCACUGUGGCACGAACUUUUUGUCAGUAACAUUGAUAAACAUACAUAAAAUCAUUGUUGAUAUCGAAACUAAGUCCAAAAUAGUAAACAACGGAGAAACGUCAAGCUUCUCAGUAAACAACGGAGAAACGUCAAGCUUCUCAGUAAACAACGGAGAAACGCCAACCUUCUUAGUAAACAACGGAGAAACGCCAAGCUUCUCAGUAAACAACGGAGAAACGCCAACCUUCUUAGUAAACAACGGAGAAACGCCAAGCUUCUCAGUAAACAACGGAGAAACGCCAAGCUUCUCAGUAAAUAACAGAGAAACGUCAAGCUUCUCAGUAAACAACGGAGAAACGUCAAGCUUCUCAGUAAACAACAGAGAAACGCCAAGCUUCUCAGUAAACAACGGAGAAACGCCAAGCUUCUCAGUAAAUAACAGAGAAACGUCAAGCUUCUUAGUAAACAACGGAGAAACGUCAAGCUUCUCAGUAAAUAACAGAGAAACGCCAAGCUUCUCAGUAAACAACGGAGAAACGCCAAGCUUCUCAGUAAACAACAGAGAAACGCCCAGCUUCUCAGUAAACAACGGAGAAACGCCAAGCUUCUUAGUAAACAACAGAGAAACGCCAAGCUUCUUAGUAAAUAACAGAGAAACGCCAAGCUUCUCAGUAAACAACGGAGAAACGCCAAGCUUCUUAGUAAAUAACAGAGAAACGUCAAGCUUCUCAGUAAACAACGGAGAAACGCCAAGCUUCUCAGUAAACAACGGAGAAACGCCAAGCUUCUCAGUAAACAACAGAGAAACGCCCAGCUUCUCAGUAAACAACAGAGAAACGUCAAGCUUCUUAGUAAAUAACGGAGAAACGCCAAGCUUCUCAGUAAAUAACAGAGAAACGCCAAGCUUCUCAGUAAACAACGGAGAAACGUCAAGCUUCUCAGUAAACAACGGAGAAACGUCAAGCUUCUCAGUAAACAACGGAGAAACGCCAAGCUUCUUAGUAAACAAUGGAGAAACGUCAAGCUUAACACAAUGUCUAAAGACAGACUUGGAGUGUAUUUUAAAUAAUUCUGUCUGUUGUAUGCUGAUGGCACGAUAUUGUUACCAUGAAGUACAGAUUAUCUCCACAAUAUGCUGA